AUGAGACUUUUGCUCUCAGCUAUAAGUUUAUAUGGAAAAGGGGUUCUGUUCGAAGGUUGGGACGUUGGCGUUGAACGAAUCCUCAAACCAAACCCGCUGCAGGCGAGAUAUUGGACGAAUUUGUGUGAUCAAGUUGUUUUCCAUUAUUCAAUUAAAGGAGAUGGGAUGGCAAAUUUCUCUGAUUUUGAGAACUGCAUUUCUGAAUGGCAUAUAGUUAAACGAAUUGUUAGUCCAAAUGCAGGUUUCCAGAUUAUCACUAACACUUCUGCUCACUUCAUUACAGCAUUGGCUGGACUUGUCGCACUGUUCUUUAUCAACAGCGGCAUUGCUCUCCGUCCAGGACAACCUUCGGCUGUCGCGACCUUCCGAUUUGGGAUGCAGCUCUUCGCGCUGCUCUCCUUGCUCAUCGCGCAGUCUUAUGGCCAAGUGCUAGAAAAGUCGCGAUCUGUCUGGGUCGAACAGGGACUUGUGCGAGGCAAAAUUUAUAAUAUUGAUGGACGUCAUAUUCAAAUAUUUCGUGGCAUUCCUUACGCUGAGCCACCGCUAGGAAAUCUACGUUUCCACGUGAGUUUGUUUCUUUUUACUUCUGUGGAUAUCUGA